AUGGCGGUGUCACCGGUUGUAGCAGAAAAGCUGCUGUUCAGAGGGCUGCUGCUCACGGCUCUUAAAGAGAGGUUUGGCUGGAUCAACGCUGCCAUGCUAUCUGCAGCCCUCUUCGCCCUCUUCCACCUCUCCCUCUCGCUGCUCUUCCCCAACAUGGCCCUUGGGAUUGCCACCGGGCUGCUCGCUGUCUACUCCAAUAGCGUCUUGCCAGCUGUCGCCCUGCACACCACUCACAAUGCUUCUGCUCUAAUCUACGCCCUCGUGGUUACGACAAUUGCUUCUGUUUAG